AUGUCUAUCAUUUCCAGACCAUCUAAUAUCAAUCAAUUAUCAUAUAAUACCGGUUUAAACUCGAGUAUAUUCAAUCAAAUGUCAAUCAAUAGUAAUAAUAGUAAGAGUGAUAUACUUUCACAAGUGAUGAAUUCCGAUAAAACCAUAAAUAAUAAUGUCAAAUAUGAAAUUACAGAUUUUAAUCAACAAGGUCAACUUGAAGUUGAUUCCGAGGAUAAAACAAUGUAUAUGGAUUCAGUAUUAAGAAAGAGAAGAUUAAAAAUGAAAAAGCAUAAGUUAAGAAAAAGAAGAAGAGAACAAAGAUCAUUGAAGAAGAGAUUAGGUAAAUUAUGA